CGUAAGCGUGGGUGUCAUUAACAGUAACGUUGUCUAAACGCAACGAAACACAGCCAUCAUCUCUGCGGGCCAAAACACAGACACGUUCCACUUCCCCCUUCUUUCUCAUGCAAGCACACUCGUCAAAUUCCACUCUCCAACAAACCCUAAACCCUAAUACUCUGAAAAUCGCAUUCACCUAAAGUUGAAAAAGAUGAGAAUCCCAAGCAAUCGCGACUUCACACGAAUCACGCCCUCUGCUUUCACUUACCACCGUCUCAAAUCCUACGUGUCCGAUUGCAGAGCCGUUCUUCUCCCCUCUUUCGGCGGGCCUCACCUCCUCCAGCUUCGCUCGCACGUGCCAGUCCCUCCGCUCAAGUCGCACGAUGUCCUCGUUCGUGCGCGCGCCGUCUCCGUCAACCCCUUGGACACCCGAAUGCGUGCUGGCUACGGGCGUUCCAUUUUCGAGCGGCUGUUGCCUAUCAUUUUGGGGCGUGACGUCAGCGGCGAGGUUGCGGCGGUCGGAGAUAAGGUGAGGUUGGUGAGUGUGGGAGAGCAGGUUUUCGGGGCUCUGCAUCCCACUGCCGUGAGAGGCACUUACGCAGAUUACGCGAUUCUCUCCGAAGAGGAGGUUACUCCGAAACCAGAUUCACUUACUCAUGUGGAAGCAAGUGCCAUUCCUUUUGCUGCAUUGACAGCUUGGCGUGCUCUAAAAAGUACUGCUAGAAUAAGCGAGGGACAAAGGAUAUUAGUAGUAGGAGGUGGAGGAGCAGUAGGGUUGUCUGCAGUUCAGUUUGCAGUAGCUGCUGGUUGCUCUGUUGUAACUACUUGUGGAAGUCAAAGCGUAGACAGAUUGUUAGCUGCUGGUGCAGAGCAGGCUGUUGAUUAUAUUGCUGAGGUGGAUGUUGAAUUGGCUAUAAAGGGAAAGUUUGAUGCUGUUUUGGACACUAUUGGUAUGCCAGAGACAGAACGGAUGGGCAUUAAUUUUCUAAAACGGGGUGGACACUACAUGACACUUCAGGGUGAGGCAGCAUCAUUGUCUGAUAGAUAUGGACUGAUUAUUGGGCUUCCAGCAGCUACAGCUGUUUUAUUGAAAAAGCAGCUUCUAUACCGAUUUUCUCAUGGAAUAGAAUACUCAUGGACAUACAUGAGGGAUGACUUAGAGGGUUUAACUGAGAUUCGAAAACUAUGUGAAGCUGGGAAGAUGAAGAUACCUGUGUAUAAAACGUUUCCCAUAGCACAAGUAAAAGAAGCUCACGAGGCAAAAGACAAGAAGCUCAUUCCAGGUAAAGUAGUACUGGAAAUUGAUUGACGCCUGAAGCUGAUCACAUAGUUGGUUAAACUAGUUUUUUUUUUUUUUUUCAAUUCUUGAGUUCUUUUUGCAAUGGAUUAUUCCACAUUUUACUGAGAGAUUGAUAGGUGCUUUUUCUGGGUUUUCACUCUAUAGAAAGUGGAACUUGUUGUAAAUCUUGAUUCAGAAUAAGAACAUCCGGUCAUAAAAAUCUGUAAAUUGAUUGAGAAGUUUGUGUGACACAUGUCCUUUCUUUACCUUUACAACUGUUCUAGUUUUAGUCAUGUCCACUUGUGUAGUGGAAGGUGAUGAUAUUGACGUUAUACCUUCAUAACCCCCAUGUGUCAAUUGUACUCACUAUCAAUAGCCAAUUCAUGUUCUCUUGAA